AAGGGUGCAGCGCCCCCAGGUGAAAUCUUGUUUUCAUUAGCACAUGUUCAGAUGGUUAUACUUUCUGUCUGAAAAUGAAGUCUGUAGGGAGGCCUUUGUUACUUCAAACAUGCAUUACUUCAGUGAUACUCGAUGACUCAUCACCCAUGUGACUACAGAGAAACAAGAAUCACCGGCUGUGUUUUUCAUAGGUGGGUGACGGGAGAGUGGGGACCUUGUUCUGUUACAUGUGGUAAAGGUCUCCAGCAGAGGGUGGUGGUCUGUGUUUACCACCUACAGAAUGGCUCCGUCAUCAACACCAGAGACCUGUACUGCCAGGGGGGGAAACCUCCGGUCCUGCAGGGCUGCGAGGGACGGCUCUGCCUGACGGUGUGGGAGGCUUCAGAGUGGUCCAAGUGUUCGUCAGAAUGUGGUCAAGGUGUUCGCCAGAGGACCGUCGUUUGUACGAACCCUCAGGGACGGUGUGAUCCGAUGUCUCAGCCGGCGACGACGGAGCCCUGUGAAGACCACUCCAAGUGUUACGAAUGGAAGACCGGAGAGUGGUCCAAUUGUUCGUCAUCCUGUGGGAAGGGUCUGCAGUCACGGGUGGUCCAGUGUAUGCACAAAAUAACAGGUCGUCACGGUACGGACUGCGCCGUGACACUAAGACCGCCGACCUACCGCCCCUGUCACCAUGGUGCCUGCAACGAAAAAGUCAAUGUGAACACCAUCACCUCCCCCAGGCUCGCUGCUCUGACCUACAAAUGCUUGGGGGACCAGUGGACGGUGUACUGUCGAGUGAUCCGGGAGAAGAACCUGUGUCAGGACAUGAGGUGGUACCAGCGCUGCUGUGAGACCUGUAGGGACUUUUAUGCCAAGAAAAUCCAGCACAAGAGCUAAUGACCAAACACCGUUUGACUUCCCUCCAAGUAGCGCUCCAUUUUGUAAAUGUUUUUUUUUAAUAUUGUGAAAUAUGAAAACAAUUAUCUAUUAUUGAUGGAACUUUUUUGUAUUUAAAAAAAAAAGAUAAAUGCCAAGCACACGUGUGUGUAUUUUCGAAAACGGGCUCAUGAGCUUCUAGUUUUAAUGAAGACUUGAAAAAUAUCCAAUUUCUGUUGCUGUAAACCAAAACCAAAAAGACAGGGAAGCUUCUGGAAGACAAUCCAGAAGCUUCGUGUUGCACAGAGAGAUCGUGGGAAAAAAAGUGCUUGAACUUUCUCCGUCUGUUUCAAAGUCUGGUCCACUUAACGUACGUUAAUUGAUACGUCCGUACUCUCCCAUGCCUGCUUCACCUUUAACAUGGUUCUUGAGCAAUAUGUCCACUAGGGGCAGUGCUGAGUUCUGGGUUCAUUUCCGGACUGAUGUCAGUUUCUCAGAUGACGGCAAACACGGUCACAUUAGAGGUGACGAUGUUCCUCCUCAGAAGGAGGGUCACAGAGACAGGGCAGGAGACAGUGGUGGUCCAUGUGGACAUUAGGGAGCAGGAGACAGUGGUGGUCCAUGUGGACAUUAGACACAUUCGUUGUUCUCGUUGUCUUCUUCUUCCUGUUGCUUUUGUGGUUGCGCCUAAGUUGCACUGCUCAACACUGCCCCCAAGAUUUUACAGUGGUACUGCUCUGUUUUAUGCGCUCAGGUAGGCAUUCGCAAGCUAACGCUAAAGAGCGCAGAAGGCGUACAAAAGACUGCAUUCGUACCUUAGCAACAACUUGGCUCUAGGGUACUCUCCGCCCUCUUCACUCCUGUACUAUAUUUUUUAACAAUUUUAAAUAAUGAGCGCCUUUUAUUUCUUUUUUUAAACAUAGGUAAGAUUAUCAUCCACAUACAUUGGAUAUAUUGUAUAAUAAUAUAUGUCAUAAGCGAACGUGUUAAUCAGGAGCCGUGGAACUGUACUGUAGCGUUACAGUGAACGAACCCAGCUGGUGAUCGGAGACCCACUGAUGGGCCGCUCAGUUUGACGGCCGCACACAGCCCAUGUAGCAGAACAUUUUCACAACAAUUCCGGCUCUGCGUGCGCGGAGGUUAGAGCGCUCGGAGACGGGUGUAUCGCAUACCAGCUCACCUGGUAAAAUCAUGUGGAAAAUAAAGGCCUCGGAACACAGGGUUGUUUCCAGUGUUUGAGAAUUAGUGACAUCGUGACAUUUGGAUCCAAAUGUCAAGUUUGCUCUUAUUUUGAAACG